AAGACAGUUUGUGGCUCCCGCGCUGCUGGCUCGACGCGAGCGCAGCGCCCUGUUCGCUGAACGCGAGAAAUAGCAGGCCCAGGCCUCUGAUCGCCAGUUAUGGAGGUCCAACGCCAACCAGGACCGACCUGAGGUUCCCAGGCCGAAAAUAAAAACCAGAUCUGAUCCGUGUCCCCACAUUGUCUGAGACCGGAACCCCAUCAGCGCCGCCCCUCCAUCCCCAUCCAUGGCAGACGACAGCGACGGCGAGGGGUUCUGCGCCGACCCGUUCGAGGACGAUAGCGACGGCGGUAACUCAUGCGACUAUCGCUGCUGCUGUGAUGAUGACGACGAGGGCGAGUGGUCAUGCGGUGCCCCCUGCGACGAGGAGGACGACGACGACAGCAACGGCGAGGAGAUCUGCAGGGACCCGCGCGACAACGUCGUCGUCGACGACGACGAAGACGAAGGGGAGGUCGAGGAAGCGUUAUGCCACGACGACGACGAAGGUGAGAGCGAUGGGUCGUUAUGCGACGAGGACGCCGAGGGCGAGCAGUUAUCCGACGACGACGAAUGCGAGGGGAAGGGCGGGGGAUUCGGCGACGACCGGUGUGACGAUGAGGACGAGGGCAAGCCCGACGGGGAGAGCGAGGAUUUCUGCGAGAACCCCUCCAACCAUGACGAAGAUGUCGGUGCGGAGGUGCUAUCCCGCGGCGGCGGCGGCGGCUUCCGCGGCGGGGAGUUAUUCGUCUCCCGCUUCCUUUUUUCAGAUGCUUCCGACAUCUCCGACUCCGAUCAUUCCGACUCCGAGGUAGAGGAGGCCGGCGGCGGAGAGGGGCUCACGCCCAGCGGGUUCGACCAGACGCCGUCGCCCGGGGCCUUCCGGAUGGCGGUGGGCGUAGAAGACAGCGACUCCGAUACCGUAUCCACCGAUUCCGAUUACGAAGACGACUACGAAUUCCUCAAGCGGCCCGCGUCACGCCAGGCGGUGGAAGGCCUGCCGGAGAUGAUCCUCAGCGAAGAGGAGGCCACGUGCGGCUGCGCGGUGUGCAAGGAUGUCUUCGCGUCAGGGCAACGCGUUGUCUUUCUCCCGUGCAAGCACUACUUCCAUGGCGACUGCAUCCUGCCAUGGCUCGCCAUGAGGAGCACAUGCCCUGUGUGCCGGUAUCAACUCCCCACCGAUGAUACUGGGUCUGGGCAGCGACAGUCACAUCAAUUGAGGGUCCUUUUACCAGUGGAUCCUCAGGGUGCAUCUCAGCAGAGCGGAGGCGAAGCCACCACAAGAAGCGGCUGAAGUCUCGGCAGGAAAAUGGACACGAGGAAGGCGCGUCAAGGUGUGUUGUACGUAGAGGAUUCGUCAUCCGUUGACAACUUCACUCGCCAGCGCGUAUAAUGGAGCACCAUCAUUCAAUCAACAAUACAUCAUCGCCUCUUUGAAAAGUUGGGCUUGAGCACCCAGCAGUAAGUUGAUGAUAUACUCGUUUGUAAUUUGCGUUGUAGCGAGGUGGGUGCUGCCAUUGACGUCGCCGGCUGGUGCAGAACGGCAGCGUGUGUGACCGUGUCCAGAUGCCGCCGAGUUGGGUGAAGAAAGAGUGCUCGGCGGUGGCGACAGAGGCGAGCUUCUCGUGUCUUUCUGUGGACGCCAUGCUUGCUUGCGGAAUUCUGGCCGAUCUGGAGGCUGUGCAACCGCUCUUGCUUAUUUUGUUUGUGAUACUCGA